AUGAAGUUCUUCACUGUCGCUACUGUUUAUCUUGUUGCUGGUCUCGCCCAUGGCGCUGCCCUGAGUGAGAAGGUCCUUGCAAGCGCUCACUCGCAGAUCAUGGGCAAUGCCUCCUCUGUCUUGGGCUGGCAGGUCGCCGGCUCCCAGCAGAGCCUUGCCCCUGUUGACCAGGGUUGUCAGAACAUCUCUUCCUUCGGCCACGGUCAUUGGGCUGCACUUGGUCUCAAGCCCGCUGUCAUUGAGCAGGCUUUCUGCGUUGCUACUGCCAGAGUGUCCAACUCCUCUGCUCUUUCGCUUUCUCAGAUCAAGCUCGCCGCCACCGACAUCUUUGUUGCCCAGCUUCUUAACGCCUUUGGUGACGAUACUGAGUCUAGCUACGAGUGGUUGUGCCAGAAUUUCGACUACACUGCCAUCAACGAUAAGCUAGCUCUCGACUCUGGUCGUGUUGGCCAGGCUUUCUGCGCCAACCGCCCUUACGCCACCGCCUGGGUCAACCCAUCGCACGAUGUCCUUGUCGUUGCUGACUCUUCCAUCUACAACAUGGCAUCUGCUCUCUUCGCUACGCUGUUCAGCUUCAGUGCCUCUACUGUCACUCAGCGCUGGGUUAUGUGCGAGCAGUACUUCUACAUGUCUCAGGCUCAGCUUCAGGAGGGCAUCAACUCGACCAUCGUUCGUAGUGCCCUGUGCCUUGACCAUGACGAGCCUCUCAUGACUCUUGACUACUCUCAAAACCUCAUAACAGACCUUUCGACCGAGAUCUUCGCUCGCCAACUUGCGCUCGCUGUCAACGCUGUCAACGAUGAGGAAAAGCAGGCUUGGCUGUGUGAGAACAUCCAGCACGGCGACCUUGGUCUUCUGGGUAUGACUGCCAACAACACCUUGUUCUGCUAG